AUGAAUACUGCAACUACGACGCAUUCUGGCAACGCUGACGGAAUGGGUCUGGAGCAGACGGGCUGGUGGCCGGACACAAUCAGCAGCCUUUAUCCAUUCAUUAAUCGGUUUCCCGCCAGUCAGCAGUUGAGCGGUGUCGCUACAAUUCAUAGCAAUGAGCGCUAUCAUCCGAUGAACACAAAUAUCGAGCAUCUCAAGGAACUAAGAAGCGGUAGUGAUGAAAUCCGAAAAACGGAACACUGGGCGAUCUUGAUGAUACUCACAAUAUAUCCUGGGAAGAAUAUCUCAGCUGGUUACAAGUAUGGCCGAAGUCAUGGCACCAGGGGCAUCAGAACAACCAUUUCUAGCUGA